UGCAGAAGCCCCAAGCGCCGGAGCCGCAGCCGCCGCCGAGCCUGGAAGCGGGAGCGGGUGCAGGGCCCCCAGAGGUGCCUGCGGAACCCGACUGCGACGGCUCCCGGGAGGAGGACGAGCCCAAGCUGGCUCUAUGCCCUCAGGUAGGAGCGAGCAAGACGACUCCGACUGCUCGGGUGCUUUCACCUCCCCGGAUCGGGAGCCGGACGGGAUUGGGCAUGGACCAUCCCUCCCUGUUGGGGACAGAUCCCAAGUCCUGGACAGAAGUGCCCCCCCACCCUUUGCCUGGACUGGAGGCUGGACCCCUCUCCAAAGUCAGAGCUGGGCCCGCCCUCCUGCGACUCUUCUGAACCUACCCCCUCUCCCCCCCGGAGCUUAAACGUACUGGCCAGACACCAUCACUGGGAUUGGCUCAGGUCCCGAGGUCUCUGCCCCCUCUACUUCCCUUGGACCCACCUGAGGCCCCCCAGCCCCAACAGAUCAUCUCAGGGUGUUGGAGCCUGCAAAAGGCUGCAGCCGCCGUCUCCCCCCGGGAGCGGCUCCAUUCCUUCCCCUGCACUGACUGCAGCCACUAUCCCUCAGCAGCUGUACCCCAGCAUCUGCCCCUUGGGACCGCCCUUCUUUCCCUACCCAGCAGAACAGUUGGAGCAGACAGCCUGGCUGUCCAAAAAACUCUUAGAACUCCGCUAAGGUGGAAAUGCUUGUUCUCUUCCCCACCUCCUGUCCUGUUAAGGGCCCCCGGGUUUGGCGAAUCCUUCGAGAGUGAGCAGUGGGAUUCUUGAAAGCUUCCAGCUUGCCACCUGGAAGAAAGUCACUUUCUUUAUAACAGGAGAGGCGGGGGUGGCGUGGGCCACAGUUGCUCAGGGAGGGUUGUGGCACCUGGGACUGGGUAGCUUGCCCUUAAGCUUGCUCUGACAAAAAGAGUUUUGAGUUGGUUUUUUGGCUGAGCCUGCCAAGGAAGGCAGGCCCCUGCAGGAGUCUUGGAGGGUCGGAUGCAGCGCCGGAUGAGGAUGAGGCGUGGCGGAAGAUGCGUUUGACUCUGCAGACACUGCAUCGGGCAGCAGGGGACUCUGGGAGGCUGGUGCAGCCUGAAGGCAUGGCUCUUGACAGCCUUCUAGUAGAAUCUCUGGAAUUGUGCAUGUUCUCCCCACCUCCAGUCAGUCUGUACAGACUUGCUGCCUGCUGUGUCACCGUGAGCGCAAAGGCUGGGAAGAAGGCCCUUCGCAAAAUGGACUGGUGUUGCAGGGUGAGAAGCUGCCCCCUGACUUCAUGCCAAAGCUCGUCAAGAAUCUCCUAGGCGAGAUGCCUCUGUGGGUCUGCCAGAGUUGCCGAAAGAGCAUGGAGGAAGAUGAAAGGCAGACAGGUCGAGAGCAUGCAGUGGCGAUUUCCUUGUCACAUGCAUCCUGCAAAUCACAGUCUUGUGGGGGUGACUCUAAUUCCUCCUCGUCCUCCUCUUCAUCAUCCUCAUCUUCCUCCUCCUCUUCCUGCCAUGGGAACUCAGGGGACUGGGAUCCCAGCUCGUUCCUGUCAGCACAUAAGCUCUCAGGCCUCUGGAACUCUGCACACUCCAGUGGGGCUAUGCCAGGCAGUUCACUCGGGAGUCCUCCUGCCAUUCCUGGUGAGGCCUUCCCUGUCUCGGAGCACCACCAGCACUCAGACCUCACUGCUCCCCCUAACAGCCCCACUGGCCAUCACCCCCAGCCAGCAUCUCUGAUCCCUUCUCACCCUGUCUCCUUCAGCUCGCCAUCCCACCCGCACCUGCUGCCCACCACCCCGGCAGCACCUUUCCCUGCCCAGGCUUCAGAGUGCCCUGUGGCUGCUGCCAGGGCCCCCCCCCCCCCAGGGCCAUGCCUGAGCCCCCACCUGCCCUCCACCAGCAUGCCACUCCUGAAGAUACCUCCACCAUUCUCGGGGUGCAGCCACCCCUGCAGUGGGCACUGCAGUGGGCACUGCAGCGGACCUCUUCUCCUGCCACCAAGCUCUCAGCCACUCCCUAACACUCACAGCAGGGACCCUGGGUUCAAGGGACACAAGUUUACACACAGUGGACUGGCCUGCCAGAUACCCCAGUCCUGUGAGGCAGAUGAGGGGCUGGGCGAGGAAGAGGAUAGCAGCUCUGAGCGAAGCUCUUGCACCUCAUCCUCCACCCAUCAGAGAGAUGGGAAGUUCUGUGACUGCUGCUACUGUGAGUUCUUCGGCCACAAUGCGCCACCCGCUGCCCCGACGAGUCGGAAUUAUACUGAGAUCCGGGAGAAGCUCCGCUCGAGGCUGACCAGGCGGAAAGAGGAGCUGCCCAUGAAGGGGGGCGCCCUGGGCGGGAUCCCUGGGGAGCCUGCGGUGGACCACCGAGAUGUGGAUGAGCUGCUGGAAUUCAUCAACAGUACGGAGCCCAAAGUCCCCAACAGCGCCAGGGCCGCCAAGCGGGCCCGGCACAAGCUGAAAAAGAAGGAAAAAGAGAAGGCCCGGUUGUCAGUGGAAGCUCUGAAGCAGGCGAAUCAUGUUUCUGGAAGCCAGGAACAAAGGCCUACCAGGGAGAAGCUCUUAGAGUGGCCUGACCAGGAGCUGGACCGAGUCAAUAGCUUCCUGAGCAGUCGGCUGCAGGAGAUCAAGAGCACCGUCAAAGACUCCCUCUGUGCUAGCUUCAGCAUGUGUGAACUUAGCAUGAAUAGCAGUGGCUUCACUAAGGAAGGGGCUGUGGAGCCUCAGCCUGGGACUCUAACCCCUUCAGACUUCAACGGUUCCUCCAAACAACAGCCUGAUAUCAGCCUUGACCUUUCCCCCUUGACUUUGGUCUCCCCCAAGAGCCACCCAUUACAAGCUGCAAGUGAGCCUGUUCCACCAUGGGCAGAAAGGAGAGACCCUCACCCACCAUGGACAGAGGUGAGGGGUCCCCCUCCUGGUAUCCCUGAGAAUGGGCUAGUGAGAAGACUCAACACUGUGCCCAACCUGUCCCGGGUCAUUUGGGUCAAGACACCCAAGCCAGGCAACCCUAGCUCUGAGGAGCCAAGUUCAAAGCAUACCCCAAGUUGCAAAAAGGAGCUAUUUGAACCUGUGACCACAGGUGGGAAAUCAAGAAAGGGCAAAAAACAGGGAAGUCAAGCCAAGAAAAUUGAAGCAAGCUCAGUCCCCUGGCCUCCAGCCAGCCUAGAGGCUCCCAGUUCCAAGAGCCAGAUGCCUUGCCCCAAGCAGCCAAGCAAAGGCCCAGAGCUUGCCAAAGUGGACAGUUGUGCUGAGGCUGGAGAGGGUAGCCAGGGAAGCCAGCCAGGACCAGGUUGGGCUGACAGCCCCAAAACUGAGAAAAAGGGCAACUCCUGGCAGAAUUGGCCAGGUGAGGCCAAAGCACGGUCUCUGGAGCAGGAGUCUGUGCAGCCCCCAGGCCCAGCAAAACCACAGAACUUAUCCCAGGGCAAGGGCCGCAACCGCAGGAGCCGCAACAAGCAAGAGAAGUCAGCAGCUUCUUUGGACGAUGUGUUCCUGCCUAAGGACAUGGAUGGAGUGGAAAUGGAUGAGACUGACCGCGAGGUAGAAUACUUCAAGAGGUUCUGUUUGGAUUCUGCAAAGCAAACUCGUCAGAAAGUUGCUGUGAACUGGACCAACUUCAGCCUCAAGAAAACCACUCCUAGCACAGCUCAGUGAGCCCUGCCUAGGUUGACUUCUCUAGGACAUCUCAAGGCCCCAACUGCAAGCUGAAGGUCUACCCUUCUACAUGACCUGCUACCUGCCCUGACCCUUCCCGCUCUCACCAGCC